CCCCCCUCCCCGUCCCGCAGCUCGGCUGUGGUACGCUCCGAGCUGGACGCGUUUGGCUCUUUUUUGACCGGCGAACAGUCCUCAUCAGUACCGCGCAGCAGUCCCCAGGAGCUUCCCGUCGGUCGUCCCCUCUCCGACAUAAAAAAGCCAGCCUGCAGCCUGCAGCCUCUCCGUCCUGAUGAAGCAGACUCUGGGCGAGCUGAUGAGGAUGAGCAGGAUAUGCCGGAUGGUUAUCGCCACUUGUUUGGGAUCCUUUAUUCUGGUCAUCUUUUAUUUCCAAAGUAUGUUCCAACCAGUCAUGCAGAGGAACCCCUUUGUGGUGGAUGGCUGCUGCAGGAAAGGCUCCCGCAAUGCACUGCAGGAGCUCUACAGCCCCUCACAGUUGGACCCAUCGGGAGCCGCUGUUCUCCACCAGGGCAGGAGAGACCAGGUGGUGGAUGCCUGCAGGGUGAACAACGCUUCCAGUCGAAAGCGGAGGGUUCUGACUCCCGGGGACCUCAAGCACCUUGUGGUGGACGAAGACCACGAGCUUAUCUACUGCUAUGUCCCCAAGGUGGCCUGCACCAACUGGAAACGGGUAAUGAUGGUGCUCACCGGCAGGGGCAAAUACAGUGACCCCAUGGAAAUCCCUUCCAAUCAGGCCCACGUUCCUUCCAAUCUGAAGACGCUGAAUCAGUACAGCAUUGCCGAGAUCAACCAUCGCCUCAAGAACUACUUCAAGUUCCUCUUUGUCCGUGAGCCCUUUGAGAGGCUGGUCUCCGCUUACCGCAAUAAGUUCACCCUGAAGUACAACUCAUCUUUCCACAAGAGGUUCGGUACCCGGAUCAUCAGACGCUACCGCAAGAAUCCCACCCAGGAUGCCCUGAUCAACGGUUCUGAUGUAAAGUUCAAAGAAUUUAUUGAGUACCUGGUGGACCCGGCCACGCAGCACGACGGCCCACUCAACGAGCACUGGCAGACGGUUUACCAGCUUUGUCACCCAUGUCACAUCCACUAUGACAUGGUGGGCAAGUAUGAGACCCUUGAAGAGGACGCAAACUACAUACUGCGCCUGGUGGGCGUCGGUGACUCCCUGCGCUUCCCGAGCUACGCAAAGUCCACCCGUACCACAGACGCCAUGACUGCUCAGUUCUUCGGCAACAUCAGCACUCAGCAGCAGUUCCAGCUCUACCAGCUUUAUAAGAUGGACUUCCUCAUGUUCAACUACUCCAAACCCAGCUACCUGAGGCUGGACUAAAUGACAACAGAGCUGGUCCUCUGACAAUGGCUGCCUUGUUUGCAGGAGGCAAACAACACGAGUGAAGUGCAAAUUUUGGACGAAAACUUGAUUUUAAACACUGUCAUUGUGCUUUGUUGGUGUUGUGUCUGCAAAUGGAUAUUUACCUGAAAGGUUGGAGUAAAGCGUGCUUCUGGUGGGGGUGGGCGUGGGGGAGUUGAAGGAUGUUCCAGCCAGCAGACCCAGAGCACAGAUAUGAUGCGAAUGCGGGCUUACAGGACCCAACACCUACAAAAAACUGAAAUGUCUGGGUGAAGCAGGUCUUCAAGAAGAACUUAUCUUCAGAAGAUGAACUUUUAUCGAGGGAUUCUUCUGAUUAUGUUCACUACAUCAAAGGCUGCCUAAGAUUCUGCAAAGCAAACAGCGGCCAAACACACCGACUCCAAUGCAUUGAGAGCAAAGCUCACCACCCCCCCCCUCCUCUUAUCUAAGAAACUCCGCUAAAUUGUAAAGCAGUUCUUGUCCUUUGCUGCACUGUCAGCAUGGUGAGUUAAUACCCCUUACCCAUGGACCAUUACAUUAGAUUCAUGUCAAAGAAAAAUUGGCUUAUAUAUCCUCAAGGGUGCCUUUAAUAUAUGGCUCCCUAUUUCACAAUGAAGAACUCACCAGCGAUAGCCAUAGCAGUGUAUCCUUCAAUCAAGUGUUUUACAUAAGCCAGUGUUGGAUGUUGGCAGAACAGACCUCCCACGUUUCAACUCAAAAGACUUGGA